AUGAAGACUGCUUCUACAACCAUUUGUGAAAGAAUAGGUCGCUCUCAGGAGCUCAGUGGAUUCAAGCGGGGUACGUUGAUAGGUUGCCACCUGUGCAAUAAGUCCAUCCGUGAAAUUUCCUUACUACUAAAUAUUCCACAGUCAACUGUUAGUGGUAUCAUAACAAAGUGGAAACAACUGGGAACAACAGCAACUCAACCACGAAGUGGUAGAGCUCGUAAAAUGAUAGAGCAGGAUCAGCGCAUGCUGAAGAGCACAGUGCACAAAAGCUGUUUAGCCAUGGGUUUCCAUGGCUGAACAGCUGCAUCCAAGCCUUACAUCACCCAGUGCAAUGCAAUGCAAAACAGCACAGUGCGCAAAAGUUGUUUAGCCAUGGGUUUCCAUGGCUGAACAGCUGCAUCCAAGCCUUACAUCACCAAGUGCAAUGCAAAACAUUGGAUGCAGUGG